UUCAUCUCAAACCUCAAAUACCAAAUUCGAAAAUCAUAUCUGCGCUCACUCCCUUCUUCUUCCCUCAGCGUUCCCUGCAUCUCGCCCGUCGCUGGUGGUUCUCGCCAGUCACCGUCGCCUCUGGGUCUCUCCCGUCGCCGGUGGUACUCCGGCAAGGGUCUGUUUCCUCGCCUCCUCACUGGUGGUCCCUUGCUCAAAAAAACCACUUUCCCUGCUCGAAAAACCACCGAUGAAGUCCAUCCUUGCUCGAAAAACAAAGCUACUUUCCUCGGCCGGUGGUUCCAAGUGAUAUUGUUGCUCGCGAACCCUCUUCUCCGUCAAUCCUCGCCGCGGCAAGUAUGAGUUUAAAACAAAUCAUGGAGAAUGGAUCACUUCAAUGAAACCAAAGUUUGGGGAUAAUGUAUCCGGACGUGUUCGUACAACAAUCAAGUCAGUACCUCAGAAUGUAAAAAAGUUCUGUAUAAAGUGAGGACCGGAUGUACCUCAGAAUAUUUCGCAAACAUUAUACAUGCCGUAUAUAGAAAAAGCUCCUCUUUUUAAAGGAUGUUCUCCAGAGUUCAUCAAUCAGCUGGGGCCUCCUUCAUAUGAAUAUAUUGCUCCUGAGAAAGAAUUAGUUGUGCAUAUGGAUUAUGGCAAAGCUGUAGAUGAUGACGCAGUACUGCAUUCAAGAGCAUCCUUCUCAAAUGAAUCUAUUUCACAAGAUCAUUCUAAUGAAGGCGUUCCCUCUACACCACGACCUGCAGUCACAUUAACACCUGAACUUAUUCCUACACUUCACGCAUUUCUCCCACCCAAUUCCCAAUCUCCGGUGGCUCAGAGUGCUCAGCCACAAUUAAGUACUUCCACAACAGCACACUCACAUCCUCAUUCGACAAAUGAGAAAGGAGCUUUCUCGCAGGGUUGGAGCCAACAGCCUCAAGCUACUGAUCCAACUGAACAAUCUCAACAGUUUGGGGUACAAGGGUAUUCAAACGCGCCCCUUUCUUCUAAUUUCCAGUCAUAUGCGUCCAACUUAAACAUGGGCCGCCACCCUGUCCCAGUUCCUUCAACAAUUAUGCAAAUGCAAAAUCCUGUAUACAACUUCCAAGAGCAGGGUUCUGUCUUCCAGGCCUCCUGGUAAUCACCCAGUUACAACACAGAGCCAACAGUUUGUGCCUUUAAUGCAGAAUAUGCAUCAUUAUCACCCAGAGGCUCCUCAUUACAAUUUGCAGCACAAAACCAACGAUAUCAGUAUACAUUACAAUUUGCUGCCAGUCUUCUCCUUCAAAUACAGCAGCAACAACAGCAGCAGCAGGCAAGUCCUCAUAUGGGAAACCAGCUGUGAUAUUUUGGUAGGUCUACACUCCGAGGAAUGCGCCUAUACUAGUGAGGAAAUUGAUGUGGUUCGUGAGCAACGGGCUAAGUUUUUUACCCGCAAGUAUUUACUAUUGGCUUGAGCGCGCUUGAUCGAGGUGGUUUAGUUGUUAUAGAACAAUCGUUUACAUUAAAAUGUAUGCGUACAUUGAAAUUGGAACGUAUAUUUGAAUGUAGUACGUGCACUUUGGUUUUGGGAUAUAUAUAUAUGUAUACAAAACACCAGUUAUUAUUUUUUA